AUCUCACUUUCUUAUAUCUGCUGCAAUCAAGGCAAGAAAAAGAAAAUUAAAUAAAAUUUGAAAGCAGUAAAAGAUUGUGAUGUCUUUCUCUCACUGUCAUAUGGGAAAUAUUCUCUAAUCUUAUGCCCCGAUUCUCCAACUGGCUUCCCUUAAAGUUUUUUACUGCAAAAAAUUGUGGCUUUUGGUGUUUGGUUUUCCCCAGAGGAGUUUUGAGAGGAUUUGCUAUGGAUCUGGAGACUGGGUUUCGCCAGAAUAGUUCAAAGAGACAAUCUUGGAGGACAGUUUUGACAUUGGCAUAUCAGAGUUUGGGUGUUGUGUAUGGGGAUUUGAGUACCUCCCCAUUGUAUGUGUACAAGAGUACUUUUGCUGAGGAUAUUAAGCAUUCAGAGACCAAUGAAGAAAUCUAUGGGGUUCUAUCCUUUAUCUUCUGGACAUUGACUUUGGUCCCUCUCCUAAAAUAUGUGUUCAUUGUGCUUAAGGCUGAUGAUAAUGGUGAAGGGGGAACAUUUGCCUUGUAUUCUCUCCUUUGUAGACAUGCCAGGGUGAACUCAUUGCCCAGUUGCCAGUUAGAAGAUGAGGAAUUGUCUUUUUAUAAGAAGGACAUAGUUUCUCCUGCACCCACUACUGUUGGGGCAAGGUUGAAAUCUACUCUGGAGAGGCAUAGGGUGUUGCAGAGAUUUCUGCUUGUGUUGGCCUUAAUUGGGGCUUGUAUGGUCAUAGGGGACGGUAUUCUUUCGCCCGCUAUCUCUGUUUUUUCAGCAGUUUCGGGUCUAGAGCUCGCUGUCUCUAAAGAGCAUAACAAAUAUAUAGAGGUUCCGGUUGCUUGUAUCAUACUGAUAGCAUUGUUUGCCCUUCAACACUAUGGCACUCAUAGGGUCGGGUUUUUGUUCGCUCCCGUGGUCAUAACAUGGCUUGUAUGUAUCAGUGCAAUUGGUUUAUAUAAUAUAAUUCAUUGGAACCCGCAUGUGUACCAAGCGUUGUCUCCAUACUAUAUGUACAAAUUCCUGAAGAAAACUCAAAGAGGAGGCUGGAUGUCCUUGGGCGGGAUUCUCCUAUGCAUUACAGGUUCAGAAGCCAUGUUUGCUGAUUUGGGGCACUUCUCCCAGUUAUCAAUACAGAUUGCUUUCACGUUCCUGGUUUAUCCGUCAUUGAUCCUUGCAUAUAUGGGGCAAGCGGCUUAUCUGUCACAACAUCACGUUAUUGAAAGUGACUAUCACAUUGGCUUUUAUGUUUCUGUACCUGAGAAAGUUAGAUGGCCUGUUCUGGUGAUAGCGAUACUGGCUGCUGUUGUGGGGAGCCAAGCCAUAAUCACUGGAACUUUUUCGAUUAUCAAACAAUGUUCUUCCUUGGGAUGCUUUCCGGGAGUCAAAAUAGUACACACUUCAUCAAAAAUUCACGGGCAGAUUUACAUUCCGGAGAUCAAUUGGACCUUGAUGCUGCUGUGCUUGGCUGUUACGAUUGGUUUCAGAGACACUAAGCGCCUGGGCAAUGCAUCGGGUUUGGCUGUUAUAACAGUUAUGCUGGUCACAACGUGUUUGAUGUCACUAGUUAUCGUUCUAUGUUGGCACCAGAGUGUCUUCCUUGCGAUUGGCUUUGUGCUCUUCUUCGGGACCAUUGAAGCCUUAUAUUUCUCCGCAUCUCUCAUCAAAUUUUUGGAAGGAGCAUGGGUGCCCAUUGUAAUGGCUUUCAUCUUCAUGAUAGUCAUGUGUGUUUGGCACUAUGGAUCCCUCAAAAAGUACGAGUUCGAUGUCCAAAACAAGGUCUCGGUUGAUUGGCUACUCAGCUUGGGUCCUAGCCUCGGGAUAGUACGUGUGAAUGGCAUUGGCCUGAUACACACCGAGCUCGUGUCGGGAAUCCCGGCAAUAUUCUCCCAUUUCGUCACCAACCUCCCCGCAUUCCACCAGGUCCUCGUUUUCCUUUGCAUCAAGUCAGUCCCGAUUCCUCAUGUCAAACACGAGGAGCGGUUCCUUGUAGGGCACAUCGGUCCCCGAGAAUACAGGAUAUACCGCUGCAUUGUCAGGUACGGUUACCGGGAUGCACACAAGGACGACUCUGGCUUCGAAAACGAUCUCGUGUGCAGCAUAGCCGAAUACAUCCGCACAGGAAAGGCGGGAUCGAAUGGCGCAGCAACAGCAACAGCAGCAGCAGCUGAAGAAAACUCGGCACAAGAACGCGAGGAAAUGGCCGUGAUGGGAACGCCUUCAACCUACUUAGGCGGCGUGCACGUCUAUGAAGACGGCGAAGGCCACUCCUCCUCGGCCGGAACAUCAGAGCUUCGAGAAAUAAAGUCGCCCCCGAUACUAAAACCGAGAAAAAAAGUGCGGUUUGUCGUGCCUGAGUCUCCGAAAAUUGACCAGAGCGCCCGCACAGAGCUCCGGGAGCUGAUGGAAGCUAGGGAGGCAGGUAUAGCUUACAUCCUUGGACAUUCCUAUAUGCAAGCCAAGCAAGGAUCAAGCUUUGUAAAAAAAAUGGUUAUAAAUUUUGGGUAUGAGUUCUUGAGAAGAAAUAGUAGACCACCCACCUAUGCUUUAAGUGUACCUCAUGCUUCCACAUUAGAGGUGGGAAUGGUUUACAAUAUCUGAUUUUUUUUUAAUAUAUACAGGAAUACUUAGUAGUGGUAAUAAAUUAUGUACAUGAUGUGUGUAUCAUUACAAAAUAGGUUAUAGUUAGCAAACCUUUGAAUGAGGAAGGUAAAUUAUUGAAAUCGUCUCUCGAUUUUACGAUUUUA